AUGCUGGCACUCCAGAGCGUGUUGAUAUCAAUGUGCUGUCCCUAUUUCAUCACGCCUACCGAUCGAAAGUUGUAUUUUGAAUUGAAUGACGUUCACAGCUGUCUCAAUGAGGCUGAAUAUACGUGGAAGGUACCGGAUGAGGCUGCAUCUGUGCGGACACCGUCCAUAUAUACAUAA